AUCCUCUCCGCCUUCUUGCCUUCCUUGCUCCCCCUAUAAUCUCCCCGCACCCCCAUCUCCCCGCCAUGUCCUCCUUCCACGACGCCAUGAUGCUCGCCGCCUUCCGCCCCAACACCCAGCCCCCGCCGGCCCCUCCCAAGAAGACGUCCGAGCCUCCCCUCCCCGACUUUGACCUCACCACCCUCGAGCCCCUCUGCUCCGUCCACGACGUCAUCCUCGCCUUCCUCGAAGAAUCCUCCCCCGCUCUGCUCCUCCGCGUCUCCCCCGAAUUCCACGCCAAGAUCCUGCCAAUGCUCUAUACACGUGUUGUCCUCAAUGCCGACAACGCGGCUGCCUUUUUCUACGGCGUGACGGACGGUAAAGACGGGCGGAAAGCAAAGUCGCUGGAGAUGGUUAGGACGAUAGUCUUUUCGGAUCCGGAAGCUAUGGAGGGCGUCAUGCGCCAGGUGUACCAACCGCCCAAAUCACGCUCGUCCGACCCAUUCUGGCGCCCGCUGCCCGAAGUAACAUAUCCCAUCCUGCCCAAUGCCACGCACCUCCAAAUAGGCUGGCCUGUCCUCCGCUUCUUCCUCACCCCGCCUCACGACAUCGUUUCCUUCCCCGACGACCCGCGCGAAAGCCCCGUGCCGACACAAGGCAUGUCGGCGAUGAUGAUCUACGCCAUGAGCUUUUCGCGGAUGCUCGAAGAUCAGGUCCCAAAGCUGGAACGGCUAUGUGUCGAUGUAGAGAGUGGGGACGAGUAUGAUGGGAUUGCGGUGGAGCAGGUGUUUAGGACGGUAGCGUAUAGAGGCAGGAGCGCGUGGCUCAAGGCGCAGGGGAGAAGGUCGGGAUCGAGAGUGUUUGAUUUCACGCUGUUGAUACGGGUACAUCUCCAACCUCAACAAGCGCCCGUGUAUCUGCCCAACAAGACACCAGCACCGUUUAUCAUCCGUUUCUGCCCUCACGCCGACCCCGCGCGGCAUAUAGCCGUCGACCCCAAAAUCACCGCUUUCGCCAUAUACAACCUCUUCCGGAUACAUGCCAGCCGGGAUAGCGUGCCCGCGGUAUUUGAGGUGAUUGACCAAGUCCGAGUGAGGAGGGAGCUGGAGCAGCUGAUAGAGGAUCUGGGUAUGAGGAGGAGUACGGCGACUUGGGAUUACUUUUGGAGGAGCUUUCAGCUGAAGGAGAAGGAGGAAGAGGAGGAGGAGUGGGAAGCGCCGGAAUAUGAUUGAGAGGUGAUGGCGAUGAUCAGCAAAUAUUACUGCGCCUUUGAACUCGCAUAGGGAUGCCGAGACGCAUCAACCUACCGAGAGGCCGUAAUACCUAGGCGAGAUGGACAUUAAGGGUGCUCCGCUGUAUGGAUAGACGUGCCCCCAUAGCUUGAAUUCGUGAGAAGUAUCUAUUAUUUUGGGCUUUAAUCUUGUUACGACAUUUAGUUACCGAUCGGACGUUUCUGAAUCAUUUGUGCGACUUAUACGACGUCUGUUUUUGCCAACAUUUGUGUUCGCAUGUACUAUGUCGAGAUUGUCGACGGCCGUGCUUUGGCUUCAGGGAGAUGGUGAACCUCCUGUGACAUAGCGUAGCAAUUGAACGAGCGAUUCGAUUUUAAUGAUAACCUGGUACUUCCACUAAGCCAUCAUUGCGAUCUCUCUCCAGAUCCACCUCCCAGAAUAUGCAGUCGCU